CUCUGGACGGAGGGAGGGGAAGUGGCCAGAAGGGGAAGUGUGAGGAGUUCCCCUCGGCCUGUCACCAGUCUCCUCAGGCAUUCGGAGUGGCGGCCCUGGGGCCCGCCGCGGCCAUGGAGCCUCUGGAGACCCCCGUCAAGGAUGGCAUCCUCUACCAGCAGCACGUCAAGUUUGGCAAGAAGUCCUGGCGGAAAGUGUGGGGUCUGCUGUAUGCAGGGGGCCCAUCAGGUGUGGCGCGGCUGGAGAGCUGGGAAGUCCGGGAUGGUGGCCCCGGGCCAGCUGGUGACAGGUCUGCAGGUCCUAGCCGACGGGGAGAACGGCGGGUCAUCCGCCUGGCUGACUGCGUAUCAGUGCUGCCAGCUGACGGUGAGAGCUGCCCCCGGGACACUGGUGCCUUCCUGCUCACCACCACCGAGAGAAGCCACCUCCUGGCCGCACAGCACCGUCAGUCAUGGAUGGGUCCCAUCUGCCAGCUGGCCUUCCCGGGCACAGGGGAAUGUUCCUCUGGAUCAGGGGAGGCAGAGGCUCCCAAGCGGGGCCUGGUCCCCAUGGAAGAGAACUCCAUCUACUCUUCCUGGCAGGAAGUGGGCAAAUUUCCGGUGGUGGUGCAGAAGACAGAGGCAGCUAUCCGCUGCCAGCUGAAGGGGCCCUACGUCCUGCUGCUGGGCCAAGAUGCCAUCCAGCUGAGCGAGCCAGCCAGCCAGCAGGCCCUCUACACCUGGCCCUACCACUUCCUGCGCAAGUUUGGCUCCGACAAGGACGUGUUCUCCUUCGAAGCUGGCCGCCGUUGUGACUCAGGUGAGGGCCUCUUUGCCUUCAGCAGCCCCCGAGCUCGAGACCUGUGUGGGGUCGUGGCGGCCGCCAUCACCCGCCAGCGGGAGCGGCUGCCUGAGAUUGUGGGGCCCGGGCCCAGGCCCUGCCCCUUGCCUCGGGCCACCUCGCUGCCCUCACUUGAGCCCCCUGGAGAGCUGCGGGAGUUGCCCCCUGGGCCUGAGCCUUCAGGCUCUCGUAGGGCACGCCUGGCAGACCCUGGGCCGCAGAGCCUGCCCCCGCUGCCUGUGGAGACUGGGCUGUAUGCUGCCGUGUGCAAGCCAGCCAGCGGGUCCCUGGCCGCCACCGAGCACCUCUACGAGAAUCUGUCUGGGCUGGAAGCUGGCCCCACACCACUUGACCUGGGGAGUCCUGCACAGGAGAGCCCAGGUGGCUGCAGUCCCCCGGCCAGCCCCAUCUACCACAACAGCGAGGACCUGGGCUUUCCUGGCCCAGCCCAUGACAGCAGCCUGGAGGCCCAGUACAGGCGGCUGCUGGAGCUGGAGCUUGGCGACAAUGGCGAUGAGGCUGGAGUCUCGGGCCGCCCCGGUGCCCAUACUGGCUUCAAGGCCAAGUUGGUGACACUGCUGAGCCGAGAGCGGAAGAAGGGCCCAGUCCCCUGCGACCGGCCCUGA